CAAAUGAAACAGUUUGUUUACAUUCCACACGACGAAUGCACGGGGUGCGCGUUGCUUUCCUGCAGCAAAUUGAACAGUGAGUCUGUAACACCAUGGCGUCUUAUUCACAACAUGAUAAAGAUACCGGCAAAAUAUACCGAUUUCGAGAUAAGCUGGAGAGCAAAUUUAACGCGGAGUUUGAAGCAGAACAAAAAUUGAUACGAUUGCAACGGGAACAAGAAGCAAAAGAAAGGUUAGCAAACGAACUACUGAUGACCUGCGAAGAUGAAGAUCCAACCAUUAAUCACGACAGUGCAACGAUCGCAGACGUGAUGAAGAUGCUCAAAACUGUGUCUCGCAAGAUCGGGCAGCUUUGUGGAAAGCAGGACACCUUUCAGAAGGAAGUGCGCGAAGCAAAGCACCGCGUGCUAAAGCUGGAAGCAAAAAUGAACACAACGCUUUCGAUGACGGAAAAGGUGAAGGACGAGAUGCUGGCUAGAUAUUGGACGCCGGAGCAGGACGAUCCCCCAGAGCCCGGGUUUGAGUUUCGUGCCGUAAGUAACGAGCAAGAGAUGAACGAUCUCGACCACAGGCUGGCCACGGACGAGGCGUUCUGCAGGAACAUCACCAACUGGCUGAAGGCGAAGAUAAGUUUACAGAAACCCUUCCGCCGAAUGCUGCAUGCGUUGGAUUUGGUUUUCGAGCGGGAGUUUCUGAUGUUGUGUAGUUGGAAGGGACGAAGUAAAUCAGGGCCCAAAAUUGCCAUAUGUGAGCAAAGGUACAUCGUGGAGCUGUUUCGGGUGGUGGGAAGUAAUCGCUGCACUACUAUUACGGACAAAAUUGUAGCAAAGUUCUUUGUAAGGAAAUUAACGCGCAAUACGCUACGACUCAGCGUGAGAAGAGCCGCUCCGUAUAAUUUGCCAAGCAGACGACGCCAAAAGAACUCCGAUCCACUCGCUCUGGAUACCGAUUUCAUUGGGUAGAAGUAGCCUUUAGGAGAUCGCAUUUGUUAUGAAUUAAUCUGUUGCUGUUGUAUGUACAGAAGCACGAAAACAAUGCAAGGAGGUGCAACUAGCUCGUAUAUGGCGUAUAAUAAAUAAUAAAUAAAAAAUAUAA